CAAUGUACUUUUAGCUUCAUCUGCAGAGAUGAACCUGCUUGUCUGCAUUAUAACGCUUGGCAUCUGUGUGAUGCAGGCCCAUUCAAACCCAUCAAGUCUGGGUCGUCCCUAUCUUAUGGAGUGCUUUGAAGAGGCCAAAAAACUGGUGGAUGAUGCUUACAAGUACUCGCGAGAUGAGAGUCUGAGCAGGGUUCGCAGAGAGGUCGUCUCUCCGGCGGACAUCCUGCGCCUCAUGAAGCAGCCGCGUGGAGCCUCCCGCUCGGCAGUGCGCUCGUCCGACUACAUGGACCAGACCCUGCGCCUGCUGCACGACCGCGUCCACCGCGUGCACAAACGCUCGCUCAACACCACAGAUCUGCUCCCUCGUGAAGACCUGGAGGUUCUCUCCAAGAUCUCUGGAUGUGCAGCCAGGGUCAGCGAUCCGCCCUGCCGCACCAUUCGGAACCUGGACAAAUACAGGACAGCCACCAGCGUCUGCAACAACAUGAUGAGCCCUCGCCUGGGGGCCUCCAACACCCCCUUCAAGCGCUGGCUCCCCGCUCAGUAUGAUGACGAUGUCGCCUUGCCCAUCGGCUGGGAGAGAAACCGCCACUUCAACAACUUCGUUCUCCCUCUGGUCAGAGAGGUGUCCAACCACAUCCUGGCGACGCCGGACGAGGUCAUGGUCAACGACACUGAAUUUUCCCAGAUGACGACCCUGUUCGGCCAGUGGAUCGACCACGACCUCACCUUCACCCCCUUCUCCCCCAGCAUCCGCUCCUUCAGCAACGGCCUCAACUGUGACGAGAGCUGCGAGCACUCUGAGCCCUGCUUCCCCAUUCAGAUCCCCCACGGCGACCCCCGUUUGCCAACUGGCCCGGACAGCUGCAUCCCGUUCUACCGAUCGGCGGCCGUAUGUGGAACCGGAAAUUCGGCAUUCAAUUUUGGCGGCGUGGCGAACAAGCGGGAGCAGAUCAACACCAUGACGGCGUUCCUGGACCUGGGCCAGGUGUACGGCUCGGAGGAGCAGCUGGCGAAGGACCUCCGCAACCUCACGACCGAUGCGGGCCUCCUGCGCGUCAACGACAAGUUCAGGGACAACGGCCGGGAGCUGCUGCCGUUCAGCCCCCUGCUGCCCAAAAUGUGCGCUACACAUAAAAUAGUCACAGACGACAGAAAUGGCCAGGAGGUGCCCUGUUUCCUUGCAGGUGAUGUUCGUGUCGAUGAGAACAUUGCCCUGACGUCCCUCCACACCCUGUUCAUGCGAGAACACAACCGUCUGGCGCGUGAACUCAAGAAGCUAAACCCGCAGUGGGACGGUGAAACCCUCUACCAAGAGGCUCGUAAAAUCAUGGGCGCGUACACUCAGGUGUUGGUUUUCAGGGACUACCUGCCCCACAUCGUGGGUGACGUGGCCAUGUCCAGACUGCUGGGCUGCUACCCAGGCUACGACCCCAACGUGGACCCCAGCAUCGCCAAUGUGUUCGCCACCGCCGCCUACCGCUUUGCCCACCUCGCCAUCCAGCCCUUCCUAGCCCGCCUGGACCAAAACUACCGGGAGAACGCCCGCAUCCCCAACGUGCCGCUCUACAAGGCCUUCUUCACCCCCUGGAGGAUCGUAUUUGAAGGCGGAAUCGACCCCCUGAUCCGAGGUCUUGCGGGCCGUCCUGCCAAACUGAACGCUAAGAAACCAGUGCUGGUGAACGCGUUGCGGGAGAGGCUCUUCCAGUUUGUCAUGCACCUGGCUCUGGACCUUGGGUCACUCAACCUGCAGAGGGGCCGGGACCACGCCAUCCCUGGCUACAACGCGUGGCGUAAGUUCUGUGGGCUGUCCCAGCCCGGCAACCAGGCAGAGCUGGCUCAGGUCCUUAACAACGCGGGCCUGGCGACAAGGCUCCUGCAGCUGUAUGGAACACCAAGCAACAUCGACGUGUGGCUGGGAGGCGUGGCAGAACCCUUGGUCCAGGGUGGCCGUGUGGGCCCUCUGUUCGCCUGCCUCAUCGCCUACCAGUUCAAGAACAUCCGCCAGGGAGACAGGUUGUGGUACGAGAAUCCGGGCGUGUUCAGCCCCAGCCAGAGGAAUGUGCUGCGCACUGCCUCCCUGGCCAGGAUCAUCUGCGACAACACAGGCAUCUCCGGCGUCCCCCUGGACCCCUUCAGCCUCCUCAGCCGUAGAAACCAUCUGGUCAGCUGCUCCACAAUCCCAAGCAUUAGCCUCUUGCCCUGGAGGGAGAGGCCCCACGAUUAGGCAGCAUCAGAGGACCAGGCUUUCCCAGGCAGAGCAGGACAUCAUGGGCAAGAUGGAGCCAAAGAUGGAAGAGGACAAUGAGGUGGUUAUUUCUCACAUCUCUGUAGGACAAGAAGAAUGAGCUAGUUCAGGAAUAAGGGUUCCCCAGGGGGCAUAAGAGGUGAACCUGGCCCUUGAAAGAAAGAUUUCUAAUCAAUGCAACCCGUUAACUGUCUUUACCUGCCUGACUUGAUGGUGAAUUUGUGUCGCACCAUUCCACAAACCGCUUUUCUCUCAACACCGGGGGCCCGGUAUUUUUUUAAGGCCACUGUUACACCAUGAAACGUACAAUGACAUUUUUAACAACAACUCUGACAAUUGAAUUACUUUGUCAGAGUUGGUAAACAUUUUUAAACCUUGUUUUGUCUAUCCACUAAAUUUAUUUGCACAAAUCAAUUCUGUUUGAAUCCGAUCUAUUAUUUUUUUUUAAUCUGUAUCAUAUGAAGCGAACCAACUGCUUUCAAUAAAUAAUUCCUGUUGAUGGAAUUGUUAAAUCGAGAAACAUUUUUACGGGUUAACGACAACUAGUUCAAAGCCAAACUCAGAGCGUCAGUAUUAAACCAUUAUUUUAACCAAGUGGACGUUUGGCUCGGCCUAGUGGCCAUUGAUUGAACUGCAAUGCUGCAAACGGGCCAUGGAUGCCAUGGACACGCACAAAAAGAAAAUCUUAAUAAAAUCCAUUAAUCUUUCACCUCAAUCAAAUAAAAAAAGGAAGAAAAAUCACUGCUUCUCUUUUACAUCAGUGUCAGGAUGAAUAUAUAUCACAAUUCUGAUUCAAAAGGUUAUCUGUAUGUAAUGGCUUGUUUCCAUACGACAGCCAGGGAAGAUGCACAGGACAUCGCCACCUGUUUCUAACUCACUGUUUGAUGAUUGGUUAUCGUUGUAUAAUGCAGUGUUUGUAUGGGUAGACAAAAGAUGUGGGAGCGUAGGAUAAUGGCCGUUUGGAGACCGGUACUUUGGAACAUGAGGAUCGACAUAUAGGCUACAGAGAUAAAAACAAAACCGACCAGGCUUGGAAAGAGAUCGUUGAGGAGUUUGGCCUGCCAGGUACUUACAAGUUUUGUGAAAAACAUAAAAACUUUCAUACGGUAUCUCCGUAAAACAACGGCGAAAGUUAAAUUUUUUGAACGUAUAUUACGGACAUACCGGACAGAAAUUUUACGGAGGGGAGGAGUCUCGGAGGAAAAACGGACAUUACGGAGAAUCACAUAGGAAUGAAUGGACUUUCGGUCGGAGACGGUUGGAUCGCAUACGAGAAUGUACGUAUGUGGAAACG